AUGAAUCCAAUGUGGAAGGUAUAUAAGAGCAAAGUGCUGAAGACCAUUAACCCUGAGUAUGAGGAGGACACUGCUGAAGAGGUCACAGAGGUGGAGAAUGAUGUGAUGAGUCCAGUGCAGGAGGAUGAGGGACCCAACACUGUAUCCCAGUUGGCCAAGAAAAUGCAGGGGGCCGGGACUAAAAGCUGGAACAGGCUAUCAGCUCUCUUCAACAAAGACGAUGAACACCAGCUUCUAGAGGAAACCGAGAGUGCGCCAGUCGCCGACCAUCCACUUGCAGUGAAACCGGAGGAGCCGCCUCCUCGACCAAGUAAGCGUUCAGCAUUCUGGGAUAACUUUGCGGCCAACUGGGCUGCCAAGAAGCAGGCGGAAGCUGCAGCAAACGAGGUGGCAGCAGAGCAGGGUGAGGCGGGGGUGACAGAGGCCGGAGGGGAGGAGAGCCAGGAUGGGCAGAUCACUCAGGGAGAGGAGAGUGAAGGAGGAGGAGGACGGAGCAGCAACAACAGCUUUUCCAAAUACGUCUCGAUGGGAGGAGGGAGCGAGGACACAUCCUUCAAGUGGAACUUUGUCACCAGCAAGCUGGCAGAGCUGAAGACCAAGAGUAACUAG